CACAAACGCCAAACUUUUCUUCUUCCUCCCAUCUCCCAGCACCCAACAAUUCUGUGUGAAUCUGUAAAUUCAGCUCAAUGAAGAAGUUUGAGAUGGUUUUCAUACCUGCCCCAGGAAUGGGUCAUCUUGCUUCCACAGUAGAAAUGGCCAAUGUUCUUGUCACUCGAGAUCCUAGUCUCUCUGUCACAGUGCUCGUCAUGAAGCUGCCCUACGAUCUCAAAGUUGCUGAAUGUAUCGACUCACUUUCUAUGUCUUUCACAGGCAAUUCUAUACAAUUCAUCGUCCUUCCUGAACCGUCCCUUCCAGAAGAAAGUAAAAAGGACUUCAUUGUGCUGGUUGAAAGCUACAAAGCUUAUGUCAGAGAGGCUGUCGCCAACUUGGUUGGCUCUGAGACAAGUCUUGACUCGCCUCAGCGAGCUGGGUUUGUCAUUGACAUGUUCUGUACAACCAUGAUCGAUGUGGCUAAUGAAUUUGGGGUUCCUUGUUAUGUGUUUUAUACCUGCAGCGCUAGCUUUCUGGCUUUUAGUGUUCAUCUUCAAGAGCUUUACGACCAGAAUGAUAGCAAUGAGGUGGUGGAACAGUUGCUUAAUCCCAUUCCGAGUAAACUCAUUCCUAGUCUCUUCUCCAACAAGGACAAGGCCAUUUGGUUUCAUAACCAUAUUAAGAGAUUUAGAUCAGAAAUCAAAGGGAUUCUCAUCAAUACAUUUAUGGAAAUGGAAUUUCAUGCCAUGGAGUCCAUAUCGAGUAAUGGCAGAGUCUUCCCACCGCUAUACUUCGUUGGACCCAUUUUGCAUUUGAAAAACACAGGGGUUGCUGGAUCAAGUGAGGCUGAAAAUUAUGAAGAAAUAUUACAAUGGCUUGAUGGUAAACCUCCAUCAUCAGUGGUUCUCGUGUGUUUUGGGACCAUGGUGAGCUUUGAUGAAGAUCAGGUGGUGGAGAUAGCAAAUGCAUUGGAGGAAAGUGGGGUUGGCUUCAUAUGGUCCCUUAGGCAGCCCCCACCAAAGGGUAAGUUCGAAGCGCCGAGAAACUACACCGACAUCAAAGAAGUCCUACCGGAGGGAUUUCUCGAUAGAACAGCAGAUAUUGGGAGAGUGAUCGGAUGGACGUCACAGGUGGAGCUAUUGGCACACCCCUCUAUAGGAGGAUUCGUGUCACAUUGUGGUUGGAACUCAAUUAUAGAAAGUGUAUGGCAUGGAGUGCCGAUGGCGACAUGGCCUAUGCACGCCGAGCAACAAUUCAACGCCUUUCAGAUGGUGAAGGAAUUGGGAUUGGCUGUGGAGAUCACAUUAGAGUAUAGAAUUACUUUUGGUGAAGGUAAGCCGAGAUUGGUGAGUGCAGAAGAGAUAAAGAAUGGAAUCAGGACAUUGAUGGGUGAAGAAAGUAAUGAGAUAAAGAAGAGAGUGAAAGCUAAAAGUGAAGAGAGUAGGAAAAGUGUGAAGGAAGGUGGAUCCUCCUUUAUCUCAUUAGGCAAAUUUAUAGACAACGUUUUGGCCAACUCGCCAGGAGGAGGAAACUAAAGGAUGCAGUUUCAUAUGCUUAAAAUAUAUACAUAGAUUUUGUGUACCUCCAUCACAGAUGACUCUCUUCCCCUCAAUGUGCAUGCGCCCGACCUAUCAUAUCGUUCAUUAGCUCAA